GUGAUGAAUAUUGUCAUCUCAAAGAAAGAAAGAAAGAAAAAAGCACGGGUAUAAAAUGUUUCGUCGUGCUCGGUUUUACAUUCAAUACAUGUAUUGAAUUUCCGGUUUCUUCUCACACGUGAAUCGCUUGGCUAGACUCACACGUGAGAAGUGUUUACCAUAUGAAAAGAGAUAGAUUGCCAUGGCAACAGUUUUAGUGUUAGGAGGCGGCGGCCGUGAACAUGCGUUGGCAUGGAAACUGGCACAGUCAGCAGAUGUUCGUCACAUUUAUGUGUCACCUGGUAACGCAGGAACCGAGAGCAACCCCAAAACCAGUAAUGUGGCUUUGAAUGUGAAGAACUUUGGGGAGGUUAGAGAUUUCUGUCAGAAGGAAACUGUGUCGUUGGUUUUGGUUGGACCAGAAGAUCCUCUGGCUGCUGGGAUAGCUGACCAUCUAACUAGUCAAGGAGUCCCCUGUUUUGGCCCCAGUGCCAAGGCUGCUCAGAUUGAGGCCAGUAAGGACUUCGCCAAAAAGUUCAUGUCCAGACAUGGCAUUCCUACAGCCAGGUUCUGCAGUUUCACUGAUGUUAGUGAGGCAUAUCAACAUAUCAACCAGGCAGACUACCCUGCCUUGGUGGUGAAGGCCAGUGGAUUAGCAGCGGGGAAGGGCGUGGUGGUAGCUGAAACCAGACAGGAAGCCUGCCAAGCUGUCAGAGAUAUGUUAAAUAACAAGAUGUUCGGACCAGCAGGGGAGACAGUUGUAAUUGAGGAACUUCUAACAGGGCAUGAAGUGUCGUGCUUGGCCUUUUCUGAUGGUUCCUCAAUUUCCAUGAUGCCUCCUGCACAGGAUCACAAGCAGCUGAAAGACGGAGACACCGGACCAAACACUGGAGGAAUGGGGGCUGUAUGUCCUUAUCCGAUGAUAUCGGAUAAAGACUUGGAGACCGUUAGACAGGAAGUAUUACAGAGAGCUGUGGAUGGAAUGAAACAGGAAGGCUUCCCAUUUAUUGGUGUUUUGUAUGCUGGAAUAAUGCUGACAAGUUCUGGUCCAAAAGUUCUGGAAUUUAACUGCCGGUUUGGGGAUCCUGAGACGCAGUCGAUCUUACCUCUGUUGGAGUCGGACUUGUAUGAGAUUUGUCGAGCCUGUGUGGAGGGAAAGCUCAGCCAGAACUUGCCACAUUUUACACGUGACCUAUACACAGCGGGGGUGGUACUAGCCAGUGGGGGAUACCCCGGGGGGUAUAAGAAAGGAUUACCCAUCACAGGUAUCGAUGGAGUGGAAAAGCUGGGACCCAGAGUUCAAGUAUUCCAUGCUGGGACAACUAAACAGGAACAGGGCAUUGUAACAAGUGGUGGGCGUGUCCUGGCUGUAGUAGCGAUGAACUCUGACCUGCAGUCUGCCUGUUCAAAAGCUCAGAGAUGGGCGGGUUUUAUUCAGUUUGAUGGAGCUUAUCACAGAUCUGAUAUUGGAUUCAGGGUACUAGACAGGUACAAUUCUAUAACCCCCCAUCUCUCAUACAAAGACUCUGGAGUUAACAUAGAGGCAGGAAACAGUCUGGUAAAGGCUAUUCAACCAUUGGCUAAAGAGACUAAGAGACUUGGAUGUGAUGCUAGUCUGGGUGGAUUUGGUGCUUUGUUUGACAUUAAGGCAGCAGGAUUUACAGAUCCUAUCCUGGUGUCUGGUACAGAUGGAGUGGGCACAAAACUCAAAAUUGCUCAAGCCAUUGGUGACCACUCUACUAUUGGUCAGGACUUAGUGGCCAUGUGUGUGAAUGAUAUUUUGGCCCACGGAGCGGAGCCACUGUUCUUCCUGGAUUACUUUGCCACAGGGCACCUGAACGUUUACACUGCCAAGGAAAUCAUCGCAGGGAUAGCUGCUGGUUGUAAACAGGCAAACUGUGCCCUUGUGGGUGGGGAAACGGCAGAAAUGCCAGGAUUGUAUCGUGGAGAGGACUAUGAUCUAGCAGGGUUUGCUGUCGGAGCUGUGGAACGUGGACAGAUCCUUCCCAGGGUGCAACAGAUGAAUGAAGGAGACGUUCUAAUUGGUCUGGCAUCCAGUGGUCUCCAUAGUAACGGGUUCAGUCUGGUGAGGAAGGUGGUGGAAAAGUUGGGAUACGGAUACGAUGUUCCUGCCCCCUUCAGUAGUGGAAAGACUUUGGGAGAAGAGUUUCUGGUGCCUACGAAGAUUUAUGUCGAGGAGUUACUUCCCUUGAUGAAUCAGGGUUGUAUAAAAGCUUUUUCUCACAUUACCGGAGGAGGUCUGAUGGAGAAUCUCCCCCGCGUUUUACCAGAACACCUAAUGGCUAGAAUUGAUGCUGGACUGUGGUCAGUACCUGCAGUGUUUGGCUGGCUAGCAGACAAGGGUAACAUUACGGCCAGUGAGAUGUGUCGGACCUUUAACUGCGGUGUGGGAGGAGUUGUAGUGAUUGACAAGUCCCAGGCUGACUACGUUUUACAGUAUUUAAUAACAUCAGGUCUGACUGCCUCUGUCAUUGGCAGACUUCUCAGUAGACAAGGGGGAGAGUGUGUUGUGAUCCAGAAUCUGCAGCAGGCUCUGUCCAAAUCCUGGAAAGUUCCGCGUGUUUCCCAGAAAAAGAAAGUGGGGGUCCUCAUCUCGGGGACAGGAACCAAUCUUCAGGCUUUGAUAGACAGCACUACUGGGGAAAACAACAAUUGUUCAUCUGAAAUCGUCGUAGUUAUCUCAAAUAAAGCUGGGGUGCUAGGACUCGAACGUGCACAAAAGGCAGGGAUCAAAACAAAGGUAAUUAACCACAAGGACUUUGGGAGUCGUGUAGAGUUUGAUAUGGAGGUAGACAGAAGUCUGAGGGAGGCUGGAGUGGAGAUCGUCUGUCUGGCCGGCUUCAUGAGGAUUCUCUCAGGCGAGUUCGUUAAGAAGUGGAGGGGACACAUGCUAAACAUUCAUCCAUCGCUGCUGCCAUCUUUCAAAGGUCACAACGCACAUGAACAAGUCAUAGCAGCAGGGGUCAGAAUUUCUGGCUGUACGGUUCACUUUGUAGAGGAGGAGGUAGAUGCUGGAGCCAUUGUUGUCCAGGAAUCUGUCCCUGUGUAUCCAGGGGAUACCGCCACUUCAUUGGCUGAUAGAGUAAAGAGGGUGGAGCACACAGCCUUCCCACAAGCCCUAGAGCUGGUGGCUAGUGGUCAGGCCAGUCUGAGAGGUGGAGUCCUGCAGUGGGGUCAUUAGGUCAAAGUUGAACCAGACAAUUGCAUCAUUGUCAUUCAGAAGAGGGGGCACUAAGGGGGGCAGUGGGGACAUGAUUAUUCACAACAAAAUUACCUUAAAUCUGUAGGUCAGAAGUGUAUGUAAGUGUUGGAGACAGAGUAGUGCAAUAGUGGUAGAUUAAUGAAGAUUGGUUAAUAUUUGUCUCUGCAAGUUACUCAAAAAAAAAAGUACACGUGCGUUAUUCGGCGACGUGAUGUACAUUCAUUGUAUUACCUUACGUAGCUUUCAGGCUGUGUUCGUAAUUACAUUGUGUUACCUUACGUAACUUUCAGGCUGUGUUUUGUAAUUACAUUGUAUUACCUUACGUAACUCUCAGGCUGUGUUUCGUAAUUACAUUGUGUAACCUUACGUAACUUUCAGGCUGUACGUGUUUCGUAAUUACAUUGGAUUACCUUACGUAACUCUCAGGCUGUGUUUUAUAAUUACAUUGUAUUACCUUACGUAACUUUCAGGCUGUGUUUUGUAAUUACAUGUUUGUACACGGUAAUGAUAGCUGAUCAGUUUUGAUUUUAAGAAUUUCAUGAAGAAAGAUCUUUUGAUCACCCCCUCCCUGAACUGUGGAUACUUAUAAACAUUAUCAUAUUGUAUAUAUACUUAAUGAUUCUCUGACCAUCAAUCUCACAUUAUCAUAUUGUAUAUACUUAAUGAUUCUCUGAUACUUAUAAACAUUAUCAUAUUGUAUAUACUUAAUGAUUCUCUGACCAUCAAUCUCAUUACAACUGUGGAUACUUAUAAACAUUAUCAUAUUGUAUAUACUUAAUGAUUCUAUGAUACUUAUAAACAUUAUCAUAUUGUAUAUACACCUGUACUUAAUGAUUCUCUGACCAUCAAUCUCGUUACAUUAAGGUCAGAGAAUAUAUCAGUACAGGUAAGAGUCCAUUUGUGUUUGUAAGAUGUCAUUGUGAUAAUGUAACAUAACAGCUGAGAUUGUGUUGUAAGAUAUUAUUUGGGGGGGGGGGGGGGAUCUACUGCGCAGGGACUCUGAUCAUUUCAGGUUGUGAGUUUUGUUCUGUAAAUAUGUUAAAUUUCAGAAAUUAUGUACAUGUAAAUGUUUAUAGUAUUCCGUGCCAUAUUGUAUUGACUUUCACAUGACUCAAAUUUACUAAAUGUUUGUAAAGUUCAGUGCCAUAUUGUAUUGACUUUUACAAGAACUACAAUUAAUGAAAUGCUCACAAGGUUCAAUGCCGUAAUAUAAUUACCUUCACACAGAUUUAUCCAGUACUGGCUUGUUUUGUACUCCUCUAUGGAAUCUCAUCAUUUUUGUUACGUUUUUGAAUCUCAUCAUUAUAUAGUUCCCUUUUGAUAUUUUUGAAUAAAAGUGACAAGACAUU